GUCUUUCCUUGUAUAACUAAAAGUUGAUAUAAUUCAAAUUCAAAAGGUUUCUUUUAACUACACAUAGAGCUUCAACUGGAUGGUAGGACUAUAUAAACUAAGAGGGUUGAACAUUUUUUAAUCUAAGGAAUUUUGCUGACAAUAUUAUGCAUAAGGUAUAUAUGAAUAGAAUAACAUUCAUAUUGGUUUUUUUUUUAAAUUACAGCGAGCAAAGCUUGACGAAUUUAAAGAAUCACUUGGUGUAGAGGUGAUAUUUGAAAAACGACCUCCUCGUAUUAGACUAUCAGGUUUGCCUGUGAAUGUUAAAAAAGCUUCAAAUGAGAUCGACCACAUGAUUAUGGAUAUUCAAAGAUUGCAUCUGACGAAAGAGAAAGAAAAGAUCACCGCACAAUGCGUUGAAUGGUCAGUAAUUGCGGAAUGCAAUGACGGUAAAAACUUCCUACCUUAUCCAGAGGAACUUAACCAUCAGAUCGAAAACGACUACCAACAGCAACGCCCAAAAAGUACAUUUUGUGACGAGAAAGGUACCUGUUACGAAAUUGACUUUUCAGCUAUGGAAGAAUAUCCCGUCAAUGACCAGAACGACCGAGCGACAGUUUUACGUAAAGACAAGCUACAGCCGACCAAAGAUGCCCGUCUUCAGCCUCCGACGACAUGGACCCCGAUGACCGAUCAGGACACAAUUACCGUUGUACCGAUUCAAGCAACUGAUGCCGAGUAUACAGACGUGUUAAAAGAUUUCUACGUUACAAUUGGAAAUAUGAAUCCCACAAUAGUUAAGAUUGAAAGAAUACAAAACAAGACACUGUACCAUCAGUAUAUGACUAAAAAGGCAGAGAUGGACCGAAGCUGCAGCGGACAGAGUGAAAAAAUGCUGUGGCAUGGAACUGCAGAGGGUGCUGUAGACAGUAUCAACAUGUAUGGCUUCAACCGCAGCUUCUGUGGGAAAAACGCAACUGUACAUGGCGACGGUGUAUACUUUGCGUGCAACUCCGAGUAUUCAGCCAGAGACACAUACUCACCUAUUAACCCAGCUGGACAGAAAAAGAUGUACAGAUGCCGUGUCCUCGCAGGGGACUUUACACAGGGACGAGGAGGAAUGCGUGUCCCUCCAGCAAAGAAAGGUCACAUUCUAUACGACUCUGUAGUCGAUGACACGAACAAUCCAAAUAUGUUCAUCAUUUUCAACGACACCCAGGCUUACCCUGAGUACUUGAUAACAUUCACAAAAUAGACAAGGCUGACAUCAACCAAUUCCAUUGAUGUAUAUAGAAAAUACUAUACGUGACAAACAAGACUAUGAGGAAUUGUAGCUAUGUUUGAACUAAGUUUCCAAGGUAUUGAAGCUUUUUUUCCGUUUCGUCAUAACAAUCAGGAAUCAUCCGCUUUGUAAAUGCUAGUUUAUACAUUCUCUUUUAAGAUAGGGAGGUGAUUUUGACCAAAUUCCUCGUAGAUUCAUUUACUAUACUUCAGCUAUAUGCAUGUGAGGACAUUUUAUCCUGAUAAUUAUGUGGAGAUGAUGAUUGUUAUAAACUGUCAUAUGAGGCUUAUUGAUUUUUCGAGCUUACUGUAACAAUAUGUUUAAAGAUUGUAAAUAUUGAAUAUGAAAUAACUGAAUUAGGAAUUCGAUUUCGAUAAUGUUUGAGUACAUGCCGAAAUGUUAUUGGUUCUGUGUAAAAAUAUCAAGCACGUAUAUAGUGGUGUAUUCUUCAAUGUCUUGUCCAAAAGGGAUUUCGGAGAGUUCUUUGCAGUGUAAGGGGUAAACCAACCAUAUAAAUAACUAAAAGCGUGAUGAAAUAUCCACUUAGUAAAGGGUAAUUUUGACAAAAAGCAAAAACGUAAGAUUGUACUUUUUUGAAUAGCUCACUAGUUUAUAUUCAGAUUUGUUUUACAUUUUGAAUCAUAGUUAUACAUAUUGUUCUUAUUCUUCAUUAUCACUUGAUGAAAAACUAACAGCACUAUAUUUCUUUCAACAUCUUGAUUAAAAUUAUUCCAAACACUACCACACCUUACACAAACCAUCACUUUAGAGCGUUAAUGGAUGGGAUGAUAUUGUUUGGUCUGUUUCGAUUUAAGAUGAGAUCAUAAUUAAGGAUACAUUUGUCAUAACAUCAGUGACAUUAUAAGUUAUAAUUUUAUUACUUGCUUAUGCAUCAUGUUUAUAACACUUGCAUAUAUUAACCAAUAAGCCCAUAUGUAACAGAUUAAAACUUACAUGUAGUUAUACGAUAAGUCAUAAAUACGAUGAACAAUAUAGUAGAUUUUAAAAUCACGUGUAACAUUGAUUGUACUUUACAUUUUAUUAGAAGUGCAUGUAGUUAGUGGAGCUUACGUAUUUGAAGUGAUUUGUUUCAAUUACAUGUCUCUUUGUUAAUUAAUGUUUGGCACUUCAAUAAUGGUACGGAAAUUGACACAAUCUAAGAAAAUAUACUGUAUUUAUAUGUAGAUGAGUGGUCAUGGUGAAAUAUAUUACAGGUGUACAGAAGGUGAGACAGUAAUUUGAAGUACAAGCUAUUCCAACCUAAGUUAACACCUUUUAACACCAAAUUGGCCGACAAAUAGAUUUACAUACAUUUCACGCACGGAUAUUAAUCUUGCAUUUUCACACCAGAUCUAUACUGUGUGUAUGUAAGCUGUUAAGGAUACCCAUGACACUGCUAAAUGUAAAUAUGCGUUAGUGACUUUUAACUGCAUCACUAUAGCUUCGAUAAAAAAAUCAUUUCUGGAAAGUAAACAAUAAUUUGCGGAAGUUUUACAAAACAAAAACUAGCGAUUUGUGACAGUAACCCUUCACAAUUAUUACCAUCAUUGCCGAUUAAGUUGGUUACUGAUAGCAGUUACAUAUAAGACCUGUCAGAAAACUGUAACACUAUUUGUUGAAAUAUAUUUGAAGUGGCCAUCAAACUAUCCCUGUAUUGUUGUAAUAAACAUAGCGUAAAUAUAUAACCAUGGUACUGUACCACUAUUCAUUUUUGUAACAUAUAUAUCGCCUGUUACACUGUAUAACCAAAACGUUAUUUUGAAUUGUUAUAAAGUCGCAUAAUGAACACUAUGAUUAGAACGCUAUUUGCUUAUUUUAGUUAAAAUGUAUUGCCUGUUAUAACAAACAAACAACUAUUUAUUUAUUGUUGUAACAGAUUAUAAACCGUUAUAACCAAAACUGUAUUUGUUAAUUAAUUAAACAACUAUGUUUGAGUGGGUGGAUAUCACACAUUACAGUGGUUUUGGCAAGGACAUUCGCAUUAAUAUGUCGUUACCAGGGAAGAAUGAUUCUCAAUAUGUCCCGUGAUUAUAUGUUAUUUUUACCAGAUAUCAUCACUAUGAUAUCUUUUUGUGAGGUUUAUUCCUGUCAUAUUUUUUCGUCAUCAUAAUAUAUAGAAGACCAUUUUCAAACGAAUAUGAUGACCUACCCGUAAUAAUGAAAUGUUUUCCCAUACCCAAGCGAUCAUUCUGUCUUGCACUUUACUGAAGUCAUGCAUUGACAUAGUUAAAAAAAACUAAGGUAUAGUUAUCGAAAAUAAUAUUCAGGAUCAGGUCUUCGAAAACUUGUGGAUAUUAAUAAUACUAUCUCUCAGCUGAAAGUUACAGUGUACACUGAAUAUAGUUGAUCCAGGUACGGAAUUAUAUUUCCGUUAUUCAGGAAUGUAUUGAUUGAAUGUGUAACUUCUCUUUCGGAGAAUUGAUGUCUUUAUUUGUCAAUUGAUGAUUUUAUCUAUACAACAUAUAUUGGUUGCUGUCAUUACUUACACUGUUUUGUAAAUAAUAUAUAAAUACGUAAAGGGGCGUGUCAGAAUGGGUACACGUAAUGAACAGGAUAUCGUAUAAGUCGUCCCACUCUGACGUCACACGUCGUUCCGUGUCUCGGUCACUACACAUAUCAUUGCAUCAAAUUACCGUAAAAUAUGAAAUUAUAUCAUCGUGGCCAUAAUUCUUUAAGUCUUUUACAACGAUUUUGAUUUUGUUUUUUUACAAUUACAACUAGAUUGUAUUUGCCGUGCAAACUUCAGCUUAUACAACAUGUCAAUAGUUGGAUGUAUCAUCGAACUUGGCCCAUAUAAAGCAUCCUAUAUUUUAAUAAUAAUUUCAGUUCAUAAAAUUAUGUUUUUAAAUUACCACUUUGGAGUUUUUGCCGAAAAUAAGAUUCAAAAUCAAUGUUCAUAUAAAGACAAUCUCAUAAUAUGUAUAUGAAAUGUGAAAUCGACAUAGAAUAGAAUAAGCAUCUUUGAUAAGAUUGGCAAUUGUUAUCAUCAUCCGACUCUUGAGAUUCUCCAAUCUGAGUCUUUUUUCUGACAAUUUUCUUGAAAUUACAAUCAGAUUAUAUUUGCCGUACACACUGAAGCUUAUUAGACAUGUCAAAGGUUGGAUAUAUAUAAUCGAUCUUAAAACAUAUGAAGCGUUUUGUUUCAUAAUAAAAGAUUUUGAUUUCAGAUAAUAAACAACUGAUUAAAAAUGAUAUUUUCGUCGGAAAUAUAGUAAUUGAUGAAUAAAACUGUAUCUUAAAUGACAUGUUUGAUAAUUAAGAGUUGUUUUAAGUGUUUAUUAUUAUUAUCAUAACCAGAAAGCAUUGUAUGUUUUACAUCCCUGCCGAUAUGCUGUGUAAAUCCAUCGACGGGGAUUUCCUGCUGAGAGAUCUCCCAUACGGGUGGUAUCGCUAGAUAAUGACGCAGAUGUCUGUAUAAUCAAUGUUUAAAGUUUAAACACAUAUAUAUAUAUGUAUGGAAACUGCUGAUAUCAGUCUAGGAUUCUAAUGUAGAGGUAAAUACAUUAAACCGUUUGUUAUCAAAUAACUCAAAUAUGAAAUAUUUAUCGAUGUUUAAUACCUUCUAUUAGGGUCGCUAAGUAUUUUUGUUUUUCCCUCGCCAGUAGAAUUCCUAGCGUAUGACGCAGACUUGUUUGAUCGUUUUAUAUAUAAGCGAUAGGUCCCUGUUGAUUUUCGUUAUAUUUCAAAUUUAUUUACGUUAGCUUCCAGAGCUUUACCUGUUAGGUUCUUUUGAGUAUCCUCGUACCGCUGCUAAAAACAGUAACUUUGAUUAGAAACUUUUAUCUUAUAUAACAAUGGCGUAAAUAGAUAAAUAAAGGAACAAAUAUCGUUGGAAACUUUUAUGGAAAAUGAUAAAUACAAAAUGAAAAAAAAUCAACAAUAAAAUUCGGAUAUUGAAAACACUGGCAUGGACUUCCAAUCAAAAUAUGGUCUCUGUAACAAACUGAGCUGUUACUUAUUAGGGGUAGCUACCUCGCUUAUAAUUCAAUUACAGCUUUAUCUAAAACGAAAUUAAAGGGAGACAACUCUAUGCAUGGAAAAAUAAUCUUCUUGUUUUGCCUGCGGUGGGACAGGGAUCCUUAAUCGUAUGAGCCUUAUAAAUAGUUUGACAGUGAUAGUUGACUUACUGUAGCUAAUUAUUAAUCAAAGCUAAAGAUGAUCGUAUUUCGUUAUUUUCUGGCAUGUUUUGUUUCAUGAAGUUGUGGUAUGAAAGGAAUUUUUAUACUGUCUUUGGUACUCGAAAAAUUCUAAUAACGUUAUAUAUUUUUGUUAACUUGGACAUUUUUUCGAAAAUCAGCGGGAACCAUUAUUUCUGUAAGAUGCUUAUAAUUUAUAUAGUAUCGGCUUUAAGGCGUGUGCAUUUUCUUCGCAAAACCAUUCCUUUCAAUCUAGUUGGACUUUGCAAUUUUCACAUAUGGUGACUUACAUAACCUCACAAUUACUACGAAUGGGGUUUCUGAAUAAAAUUCACAUUUUAUUCCUUGUUAGCAGCAUACAUUCCAAUUAUUCAAUAUCACUAAGUUUUACAUAAGUUCCCAUUCUGGUUGGCGAAACAGAAGAAAAUUUGAAAAGACAGUAUACAGUUUCCCUACUUGUGUCUAACAACCAAUUUCUUUAAUUGUCAAUUCCGAGAAAAAGUAUUUGAAUAUUGUAAACCCUGACUCUUCGUUUCUCUUUAUCAGCACAUCGCAAGUGCUGUGCACAAAAAAACGUAACUUUCAGUUUAAAAUUACAUUAAAUUUAUAUAUUGCUUUACGGAAAGCUUUAUCAAACAUGUUGUUGGAAUUACUCACUUUUCGUAUAUUGUUUUAAUAUCUAUUCAUAAAACACCCCUCUAGCUAAUAAUCACAACACGUGCAUUGUCAACUUGCUCUUUGAGUUCAAUGAAACAACAUGAAAGGAAUGUUGAAUUCAGUUUGUGUACACAAUUUUUGCUUAUUAUUUGUUUGAUAAUUUCUAAAAUAAUAAAACUAUCAUUUCU